ACAUCUUGUCAUUAGAAUAAUUUAACAGAACCUCUUCUGUUAUUAGAAAUCAGUCAGUUCGGUUCGGACCCGGGUGGGUUUCUCUGUGGGUCCUGUAAAGUCUGAUCUGGUACCGAAAGUGUGGUGUGAGUCUGGACUGAGCCUGAGGACAGUUCUGUGCGGGACCCUGCUGGUUUUGUUCGUCAGCUCCAUCGGAACCGAUCCGGGUUCUAAGUCUUUGUUUCGGUGAGGAAACAUGGCGACUCCAGCUGCGGUCAACCCGUCCGAAAUGGGCGGUGAGUUGGCGGGAGCAGUGUCAUUGCCUGGAGCCAUUGGGUCCGGUCCGGUGAGGAUGGGAGGAGCUGUUGCAGGCCGUGCAGGAAAGAGGAGAUCUGCAGGGAUGGACUUUGAGGAUGAGGACGGAGAAGGACCAAGCAAAUUUUCAAGAGAGAACCACAGUGAGAUUGAGCGACGGCGGCGUAACAAGAUGACGCAGUACAUCACUGAGCUGUCAGACAUGGUUCCUACUUGUAGCGCCCUCGCCAGAAAACCUGAUAAGCUGACCAUCCUGCGCAUGGCUGUCUCACACAUGAAAUCCAUGAGGGGAACUGGCAACACGUCCACCGAUGGCGCCUACAAGCCCUCCUUCCUCACAGAGCAGGAACUGAAGCACUUGAUUCUGGAAGCAGCAGAUGGCUUCCUGUUUGUGGUCGCUGCAGAGACGGGCCGGGUCAUCUACGUGUCGGACUCUGUGACGCCGGUUCUAAACCAUCCCCAGUCAGAGUGGCUGGGCAGCACUCUGUACGAACAGGUCCACCCGGAUGAUGUGGACAAACUGAGAGAACAGCUGAGCACCUCAGAGAACUCCAUGACAGGACGGAUUCUGGAUUUGAAGACUGGAACGGUGAAGAAGGAGGGCCAACAGUCGUCCAUGAGGAUGUGUAUGGGCUCCAGACGCUCCUUCAUCUGUCGCCUGAGGUGUGGCAGCUCUCCUCUGGACCACAUCUCUCUAAACCGACUGUCCAACAUGAGGAAGAGAUACAGGAAUGGUCUCGGACCCUCUAAAGAAGGAGAGGCUCAGUACUCUGUGGUCCAUUGUACAGGAUACAUCAAAGCCUGGCCUCCUGCAGGCAUGACGAUACCAGAGGAGGACACGGAGGCGGGUCAGACAGGAAAGUACUGCCUGGUGGCCAUCGGCAGACUGCAGGUAACCAGUUCUCCAGUCUCUAUGGACAUGAACGGCCUGUCGGUUCCCACAGAGUUCCUGUCUCGCCAUAACUCAGAUGGUGUCAUCACAUUUGUCGAUCCUCGCUGUAUCAGCGUCAUCGGGUACCAGCCUCAGGAUUUGUUGGGGAAAGAUAUUCUGGAAUUUUGCCAUCCUGAAGACCAGAGUCACCUGAGAGAAAGUUUCCAACAGGUGGUGAAACUCAAAGGUCAGGUCCUGUCAGUCAUGUAUCGUUUCCGGAUGAAGAACAGGGAGUGGAUGCUGAUCCGAACCAGCAGUUUCACCUUCCAGAACCCCUAUUCAGAUGAGAUCGAGUACAUCAUCUGCACCAACACGAAUGUCAAGCAGCUUCAGCAGCAGCAGGCAGAGCUUGAAGUCCACCAGAGAGACAGUCUGACGGCCUACGAUCUGUCCCAGGUUCCUGUAGCCGGAGUCAGCACCGGAGUCCACGAGGGAGGCAAGACCAUUGACAAGACCGAGGCUCUGUUCUCCCAGGAGAGGGACCAGCGCUUUACUGAGAUGUACAGCAGCAUCUCAGGCUCUGGAGAGAAAAAGAUGAUGGUGCCGUCCUCCACAGCUGGAGGACAGCCCCUCUUCUCCCAGAGCUCCCCCUUCCAACAGGGACACUCCGGGAAAAGUUUCAGUUCUUCAGUGAUUCAUGUUCCUGACAUCCAAACAUCAGGCUCAUCUAAUCAGAACCUGGCUCAGAUCUCCAGGCAGCUGAACCCAGGACAGGUAGCAUGGUCCGGGAACCGACCGCCCUUCUCUGGGCAGCCCAGUAAAACCCAGUCCAGUCCGUUUGGUAUUGGGUCAGGACACAACUACCAGACAGAUCCAGCCUCCUACAGCCCCCUCUCAUCCCCGUCCACAUCAUCCCCCAGUGGAAACGCCUACUCCAGCUUGACAAACCGCAGCACGGCGUUCGAUGUGUCAGGAGAAGCUGGUCAGAGUGGAGCCCAGUUCCAGGGACGGCCCAGUGAGGUCUGGACCCAGUGGCAGAACCAGCACCAUUCCCAGCAGGCUGGGGAGCAGCACAGCCACACCAACACAGCUCAGACCGAAGUUUUUCAGGACAUGUUGCCCAUGACUGGAGACCCAACCCAGGGAACAGCGAACUACAACAUAGAGGACUUUGCGGACCUCGGCAUGUUCCCGCCUUUUUCCGAGUAGUCUGAGCAGAACCCCUCAGAACCUGCAGCUCUCUGCCGCUCUCACAUGGACUCAUGUUUGUGUUUAGCUUUUUCUUCUGAUUCGUUUGUGUCUCUGGUCACCAGAGGCCUGUUUGUCUGUUUCCGGGCCACCGGAGACCCGUUCGUCGGAGCGAUGAAUGUUUCAUCAUUUGCAUGUGGACUGUCUCUCUGGAGUCCAGAGUUCAGGCUCUUGGACCUGUAGUCUGGGUCUGGGACUGUCCAGUCAGCCUGAGUUUGUUGUAAUGGUUGUGAGUGACUGCAGUUGAGGUUACUGAGCAUGCUCAGUACAGUCCUCAGGAACACAGAAGGUUCCCUUCUCCGUGUUUAUGGGAUCAGAUUUUAUCUUAAACAACCAAGUUCUGAUCUGAUGAUGAUCCAGUAAACAUGAUUCAGAUCUUCUGUGAUGACCUGGAUUAUUUCACUAUAUGGAACCACAGAAGGUACUUCGCCUCCCAUGAUCUCCACAAUGGAUCAUCUCUCCCACCAACCCUCUUCAGAUCCUCCUCCUCCAUACUCAGCAUCCUUUGUCCAAAAUGUCCACUUUCCCUCCUCUGCACAUCCAGCUGACUGGACCACCACAGCAGAUCCAACCAGUUCUUAAACCAACCAGAACAAGCAUGAAACUGCCGAGAAUCCUUCAUCAUAAAUGUUCUGGAGAUCUGCUCAUGGACAGAAUCCAACAUUCAACGAUCUUUAUCGUAUAGAGUUCAACUUUUCACCAAAACCCACAAACAUCCAGAGAUUUUCUAUACAGAGAAAAGCUGUUCAAUCAUUUCAUGUUCUUUAAUCCAGCGGACCUGCUGCGUGUGUUGACCACAUGGGUCAGCAGGAGGUUCUACAGCCUGGCUCAGGACCGGUUGAGUUCAGCUUAUCAAACAAAUGCUGAUAAAACUCCCAGAUCAGGUCCGACCGGAAUCUGAAUGACCGUUAAUAUCUGAGGUUAGUUCUGGUCAGAUGACCCAGAGCUGGACUCUGUACCAGGUCUGGACAGGCUCUGAUUAGACCAAAUGGUUCUAGUUGUUCUGUGAAAGUUCUGCUUCAAGCAACCUGUGGAUGUGCAGAAAGCAUACUCAGUGAAGUGGUUCAUCCUCAGGAGAUCCUCAUUCUGUGUUGAAGUCCUCGAUUCUAGAAAAGCUGUGUAUGAAUCAAACCUGUGGCUAAGCUAAUGCUAACAGUAAAGCUAACUGCUCAUCACACCAGCCUGCUUUAAGGGAAAUCCGCCAUACUGAAGCACCAGUUUUACUUUUGUUGGCCCGUUUGAUGUCGUUCAGCUCUAUUUGACUAUUUCUCUGUAAUCUUCUCAUCAACCAAGAAACGGAAGAAUUGUUUGUAGUUUGAUGGCUGUUACACAAUAGCUUGAUGUAUGUAAAUAAUGUCAUUUUUAUGUCUCUCGUGCUGCUCUCACCCCAUCUGUUUCUGUGGAGGUCCUAAUGAUGUCGUGUUUUAUGUGUGUAUUUAACUAUUGAUACUUAGAUAACUGUACAUUGAGUUCUGUAUAAACUGUGUAAAUGUGACCCAUUAUUUUAUGUAACAAACUGUACUUGUGAAAAUAAAUUCUUCCUGCUUUGGUGGCU